AUGGAAAGCAAGAGUAACGAAAAGACCUAGGGUUCAUCCCUUAUUACCCCAUUGUCAAAUUUUUCAGUUUUAUCUCCAGAUCAAUUCUCAUAGAUAGGGGGAUAUUCUUAAACAGGAAGAGGUACUUCCUAAUAUGCUGGUGAUAGGGACGCCUUUAGUACAAAAAUUCAGGAUGUCCUAAGAAAUAUUAGAGAUAAUGGAGAUAAGUCAUGGAUUACAGUAGAGUAUGAAGGAGCCGAUUCUGCUGUUGUCUCAAAAUCAGGAGAUGCAACUAUUCUAAUAACAACAGGUGCACCCAACGACAAGUAAAGCAAAUUCAUUCAAAGUUAAGAGUACAAAGAUACAUACUUCAAAAAAUUCCAGAAAGACCCCACUGAGAAGACUGUAACAGUGGCUAAUAUUAGAUAUAAUGAUGGUUUUUGGACCGAGCACUAAACUUUGGUCGUGGGAAUAGAAGUUACUGGAGAAGCAAUUAUUGCUGGCAUUGGAUAUUUUGCCAUUAGAGCACUGUAAUAGCUCAUGAGAUAACUCGUUAAUAAAAUGUAUGGAGCAUUUGAGGCUGAAGAAGAGUUAAUUAUCACAGAAGAGGAGGCUGAGGGAGUCAUUAGUGAGGAGGAACUAGAACUCUAAUUUGAAAUGGGCUCAAUUGAAUCUUUAGAGUUAACUCUAACUGCUGCAUGUAUGACUUUCUUUGUUGUUGCAGCAAUCGCUAUUGCCUUAUAUUUUAUUACAGAGCUGCUAUUUAAGAAGUUUACUCAUAACUUCAAUAUAUACAACGUUACUGAGUAAGAUUUGAAGCUAGUUUUCUUGGUUUCAAAAAAUACAGCAUAGGCAGGAGAUAAGUUCUAAGGAACUGUCUUACUUCCAAGAGCACAUCAAGGUGAGAUUGACAUUGGUGGAGGUUAAAAGGUUAAGACUGAUGACUACAUGGUCAGCUACGUCAAUGUUGUAUCAAAUAAUGAUAGCACAUUUUUGGAAGGUUUAUCUCAGUUUGUCGCUCUCAUUAAUAAUACUCCAUCAGCUGAAAAAGAUUCUAAUCUAAUAACAAUUGAAGCUGAACUCACGGUACAUUUCAUUACAGACAACAAAAUUCUAGUAUAAACUACAAACAAAACUUCUAUCGAUGAUCUAAAAGCUGAUUGGGACUAGGUUUACGCUGAUGAGAAAGCUGUCACUGAGUAAACCAUUGACAUUUCUUCAAAAUUCAAAGCGACCAUGACCAUGGAUAAGUUAAGUGGUGGUGAGAAAAACACAUAUACUUCAUUCUUGUCAGUUUGGGAUACUAUAAAGUUUCCUAACUGGAAAAACUGA